GAUAAUCCUGUCUUGCACAGCACUGAGAUUAAUAGUUUGAUACUAUGCAGAUUUAAAAGACGUUGAAUUAAGCCAUGGAUAGCAGUGACUCAGAUGAAGACUUUGGACAGGAAGUGCCUCCUCUCUAUCUUUAUCUAAAACGUAUUCUUGAUAAAUAUCCUGAAGGCGGACAGAUAUUAAAGGAGAUAAUUCAAAAUGCUGAUGAUGCUGGUGCAACCGAAGUGAAGUUCCUUUAUGACAAUACAGAGUAUCCAACAGAUGGUCUGUGGUCUGAUAAAUUAAAAGAAUUCCAUGGUCCAGCACUGUAUGCUUACAACAAUGCUGUAUUUGAAGACAAAGAUUGGUGGAAUAUACAAAGGCCAGAACAGAGUGGUAAAGCAGAUGAUCCACUGAAAGUUGGUCGGUUUGGUCUUGGCUUCAAUUCAGUGUACCAUAUCACAGACCUGCCAAGCAUCCUCAGUGGCAAAUACCUUGGAGUAUUUGACCCCCUGGAAAAAGUAUUUGCUUAUGACCAAUUCAAGAAUAAGCAUUAUCACCAGAAACCCGGUAAGAAGUGGAAAUUGAAAGGAGAGUUAUUGUCAAACGACCAUACCCCAUACAGCAACCAGUUUGAACCAUAUUUGGGAAUCUUUGGUUGUGAUGAAUCCUCUUUUCAAAGAGGAAAGUUUAAUGGCACGAUAUUUCGGUUUCCACUACGUAAAACUGAAUCACAACUGAGUGGGAACAUUAUUUCUAGAGAUCGUAUCAUGGGCCCUGAUGGAUGGAUUACAUUAUUUAGAACUGACGUAGAUCUGACAUUGUUGUUUUUGAAGAACAUAGAAUCAAUAUCUGUCUAUGAGCGCAAUGGACAGAAUGCAAAAUCAAUCCUACUUUACAGUGCAUCAAUAGUUAAGCCCAUAAUUGAUCGUGUACGAACCCAAAAAUCUGCAUUUCUAGAUCUUGUGAAAACUAAGAAAGUAGCUGACCCUAUCUCUAUUGAUAUGGAAAUAAAACUUGAGGACCAGAUUAAAGAAGAAGUCAAACGUUGGGUGGUGGUUCACCAGAUACCAAGUUCAGUAUUGUCAAAGGAACUCUCAUGCCUUGCUGAUGAUGAGGAAAUUCGUUUGCUUCCCUGGGUUGGUGCAGCUAUGCAAAUAAGCAACAGUAUGAGUGAAUAUGGUGGGAGGAUAUUCUGCUUUUUACCACUUCCACCAAGCCAGACUACAGGUCUCCCAGUUCACAUACAUGGAUAUUUUGGACUUGGAGAUAACAGACGAAGUAUAAAAUGGCCAGAUAUGGAAUCACAACAAGACAAAACGGCCAGGUGGAAUCAACUAUUGACAUCAGAAGCUAUACCUGAAGUGUAUGUGAAGCUAAUAACAUCUUUAAUACACGAGUAUAAACUGGAGCCAAAGUGUGUGUAUGCAGCAUGGCCAGAUCCUUGUAAAAUAACUUCAGACAACUGGAAAUGGCUGCUGGAGAAAUUGUUGAAGCUAUUACUGGAAAAUGAUGUUUUCUAUACUGAAGCAAACUCUGGCACUUGGAUUGGUUUGAAGACAGCUAUUUUUAAUACUUCCCAAAAUAGUGUCUCUAGCAUAGUCAACCAAGACGUUGUAAAGUUGUUGCUAGAUCAUGGUCAACCUAUUGUGAAUCUUCCAAUGCAUAUCCUGGAGUGGUUGAAAGUAUCAAAUGCUGCUCUGAAUAUACUCAUGCCAGCUAGUGUCAGAAGAUUUUUAAAGUCAAUAUGGCAUCAAAAUUUAGAACGACGCACCAAACUGAAUAUACUGGAAUAUAUUCUAACUGAUGCACAGUACAAUGAUCUUAAUGGUCUUCAUCUGCUACCAUUGGCCAAUGGGACAUUUACGUCAUUUAGCAGUGUAGGUGACUCUAAAAAAGUUUUCAUUGCUACUCAAAGUUGCCCUCAGUAUUUACUACCUAAUAUGGACAACAGAUUUCUGGAUGGAAGUUUGCCACACCUCCUAAAAUCAAAAUUGGAGGAUGCCUCUAAGUAUACACAACUAAGUGUUCUGAAUCCAGAUAUUGUCGCCCAGAACCUGCGAUCGGCUCUACCCUCUAAGUGGACUGCAGGUCUUGAAAGUACAAUAAUGUGGAGUCAAGUUCGAUCUGACCAAUAUCCUCCACCUGAAUGGUUGUCUCAAUUUUGGAACUGGUUUAUAUGCCAGAAACAGCUUUCUAUAACAGUUCUAGAAAGUUUGCCAUUAAUUCCAUUGAAGAACUGUAGCUCUACUAUUGAGUUACUCAAACUGAAAUCAGGUCCAAAGGCAAUAUUUCGUGGAACACUCCCAGAAGACAUAGUCAGAGUUGUGGAGAUGUGUAGUGGUUUUGUCAUCCAUGAACAACCAUAUCUGCAACGUUUACCACUCAAGAAAUAUAUUGCUUCAUCUGAUGCUGAUGGUGUAUUGACAGUUUUUGAAAACAUUGGUAUUGGAGUAGUUCAACAGAAACUGAAGAGCAACCCUGUUUUGGCAAAUUCUCUGUGCACAUUUUUGGCCCAACAAAACGGGUAUGUCUGCGAUAAACACAGACACACUCUGAAGCAACUACCUAUUUUUGGAACAAUAAUGGGCUCUACCUGCAUUUCUGUAAACGAGUGUGCUUUAAUAGCACCCAGUGAAUAUAACGAUAUUCCGUGUAACAAGAUCAAGAAGCAGACUCUUACAGGUGGUGACAUAAAUACUCUUAACCUAGCAAAGGCUCUUGGGGCAAAGCAAUUAAGAUUUGAUGAAUAUCUGGAAAAUUAUAUUCUUUGUGAAGUUGAGAACCAGUAUUUUUCUUACCAGGAAGUCACACAGAUAAUGGAGUGGGUUCUAAAUUGUCCCCAGUAUGAUUAUAUUGUGAAGAAAUAUAGAUGUAUUCAGAGUCGUGGUGGACAAUUGUCCAAACCAUGUGAAAUCAUUGAUCCUGACAACUCUCUACUGAAAGUGCUUCUUGGAGAAUCAGGACUGCCGGUUGACACUUACAUUCAACCCAAACUCAUUAAACUCAUAAGAAGAGUUGGUCUUAUGGAAGAAUCAAAUGUGAGUCCUGAUAUAAUAUACAGCAUAGCAAAGAACCUUGACUGUCAGAGACGCAAGUGUACACCAGAUACGAUGCAGAAAGCACAUUGUUUGCUGAAGUAUGUGAAUAAAUAUUCUAACAAGCUAAAUACAUACACAAAUGACAGAGGCAAUAUAAAGCUACUUUUAGACCGAUUGAAGUCUUUAGCCUGGCUUCCAUGUGAGGUUAACAGACCAAAAGACUACCCAAGUUUUAUUCCAUGGUUUGGUGAUGAUGAUGUACAACACAGCCGUUGCCUCUUCACCCCUAGAGAAAUUACCUCGCAUGACCACUAUAAAAAAAUUGGUGGUGUCAUGCCAAUUAUACCAGUACAACAUCAGAAUCAUUCCCUGUUUCAUGCAUUUCAAUGGCAGACACUGGAUGGUAUGAAGUCGUACGACCAUGUGCAGAAAGUGGUAAUGCAGAUGAAGCUCAUAGUUGAUUCAGCAGAGGAAGUCGUGCAAAAUAUGCUAAAACCCUUGGAAGAUAUGAUUUUUGAAAUUUAUAGCUUUUUGUCCAAGUCCAACAUUGAGUGGGUGAGACACUGGAUAAAUGUCAAUGGAGGCAAUACACUGAAAUGGAUCUGGCAUGGAAGAGGCUUCACAAGUGCAAAUAAUGUAGCUUUUGCUUCAAACUUGCAUAUCAAUCUUCAACCUUACCUUUUUACAUUGCCACUGACAUUAGCUGAAGAACAUUCUCAGUUGUUCAAGGAAAUGCACAUUUCAAAAGAGUUUAAUCCAAGGGCACUCACUGAUGUGUUGCAUAGGAUUAAAAAGAAACAUUGCGGGACAAUUUCUUCUAAAGAUGUAGAAACUGACUUGAAACUCUCAUGCGAAAUAAUACAUCUACUGUGCAAAGAUAGUAUCUUGAAAGACGAUAUUCAGAAAUCAAUUCUUGUACCAGCAAAGAUGCAUGAUACAUCCAAGUUGCAGUUGGUUGAAGUGAACCUAUGUCUUUACCGUGACAGAGAGUUCCUUCCUGAUGAUCUGACAGACAACUCAUUUUACAUUGUACAUGAUGACAUACCUAAUGUAACGGCUCGUAAAUUAGGUUUGCAGCCCUUGAGUAACCAUGUUGCUCCAACUGAUAAUCUUGGAUAUGAUCUGGCUGGUCCUCAUGAAAGUGUCAUAAAUGCCAUAAAGAGGAAUUUAGAAAUGUACAAAGAAGGUGUUGACAUCUUCAAGGAACUCAUUCAAAAUGCUGAUGAUGCUGAUGCUACUGAAAUUAGAUUUCUUAUAGACCAGAGACAAAAUGUGGAUCUGCAGUUGAAGCUCCUAGAUCCUGGUAUGAAACACUGCCAUGGGCCUGCACUUUGGUCAUACAAUGAUGCCAUGUUCUCAAGUGAAGACAUAAAAAACAUUUGUGAUAUAGCUGCUGCAUCAAAGAAGGACAAACUUGACAAGAUAGGACGUUUUGGUCUUGGAUUUACUUCAGUGUACCAUGUUACAGACGUUCCUAGUGUUGUCAGUGGGUCUCAUAUUAUGAUCUUUGAUCCCAGGAUGACUCAUUUGAAAUCUCGCAUUCACAACCCUUCCCAGCCUGGCAUUAAGUUGAAUCUGCAAGAAGAAUCUCAUCAACAGACUCUCAGUGUAUGUGUAGACCAGUUUCAACCUUAUCAUGAAAUAUUUGGGUGUAAUAUUUCUGAAGACUUCAAAUUUAAUGGUACCCUUUUUCGACUCCCUCUGAGAAAUCAUUAUCAAGCAAGUGACCAAAUGGAAAAUCGAAUCACAGAUGCAGUAUAUGAUGACAAACAAAAACUUCAGAAGUUGAUUAGCCAGCUUAAAGAAUCAGCUCCAUCCCUUCUCUUGUUCACUCAAAAUGUUAAGAAACUCAGCAUAUGGGAAUUAAAAACUGGGAGCAAAUCGGGUGCAGAAGCUGUAAAAAUGCUAACAAUUGAAGUUAACUUAACCCAACAACUACCAAGACAGAUUGCCAGUGUUUCUAAAUGUCCAGUAAUAGAUCAGCUAAGACAGCAAUCAAAUAUCCUGAACGCCACAUCAAAAUGGGUGAACAGUGGACAUGAUAACCCACCAGAGUCAACAAGCCUAAUAGAAGUUGUAUUUGAAUCCCAGUUAUCAAAAUCAAUGAAGACACGAAGACAGAAAGACAUAUGGCUUGUUAGCUCAUGUGCGAGUAUGGGAGCAGCUUUUAAAGCUGCACAACAAGAUGAUGGCAGGAAACAGGGAGUUCUCCCUUGUGGUGGAGUAGCUGCUCAGUUGAAAACUGGAGUAAAUGGACUUAAUCCUUUACCACUGGAAGGACAACUUUACUCAUUUCUUCCAGUAACAAUCCAGACUGGUUUACCCAUCCACCUAAAUGCACCAUUCGCAUUACAACCAAACAGAAGACACAUAUGGAGCAAAUCCUCAGUUUCUAGGAGAAAUACAGAAUUUGAAGGAGAAUGGAAUUUGUGUCUUUUGAUUGAUGUCCUGGGCAAGGCUUUCAUAAAUCUUUUGACUGACAUGAUUCAACUUCAAAUAAAUGGAACAGUAGGAAGGCACGACUUUCAUACCCUGUGGCCAAACUUAGAAUCAACUGAGAGUGACUUUCAUCCUUUUGUAAGGGCAUUUUAUGAAAGUUUGAGUGGAAAUCAUGCCAGUGGACCACCUCAAGUCAUCUACAAUGAAUCUCAGUGGGUAACUCUUAAUGAAUGUUUAUUUCUUGGAACAGAUUUACAACAAGAAACACAGAUUGUUAAAUAUGCAACGAUUAUCCUAAACGAAUAUUGCAAACCAAAGAGGGUUGUGAAGCUAAAUGAAGCCAUAGAAAAGUGUAUCAAAGAGUUUGGCACUGGACAAGUUAUUCAGGAAAAUGUAUAUGACAUUACUCGUUUCUAUAAGGAUGUAUUCUUCAAAUACACAGAAGAUAUUUCCCUGGAUAUCAAAAACCCUCUGCUACUGUAUUUAUUGGACAUUCGUAUUGGUUCCCAGAAAGAUGUUCGUUUUGAUAAGUACUUGAAGGAAAUUCCGUGUUUCCCUGUCACUCCUGAUGGUUACAUUGUUGAUGUUCCACAUAAUCUAGUGCAUCCAGAAUCAUUAGUAGGCAAUCUGUUUGAUGAUUCGGAUGGUAGAUUUCCUUAUGGUGAUGGCUUUCUAUCCAAGGAAAGAUUGCUUUCACUCAUUGACCUUGGGAUGGCUACAGAUGAACUAUCAUGGGAAGAUUUGCUUGGUAGAGCCCAAUCUGUGAUGGAGGUAUGUCAAACACACGGGUUUAAAGCUGCGGUUUUACGUACCAAGGUCAUAUUAAAAGUGAUGAAUAAUUUGCUGAAACAAGGGAAAAGUCCAAGUUUGUAUGAUGUCAAGAGAUUAACUAGAACCUCAUUUCUCCCAGUGUUGAAGAAACCAGAUGACUAUCCUUGUGAUUGGAUGGGAGAAGAGAAUUUUGCUGAUGGGGCUAGCUUGUUUAGCAAGGGAUGUGUGUACCACCUCGGCUCUGUUGCACAAAUACUUGAUGACAGUUGUAUAGACAGUAGUGGUGACUUAAGUCAAGAAAUAAUGAAAAUCCUUGGAGUGAAGAACAGUGCACCUAUUGACAAUGUUCUUUUACAGCUGCAACAUGUAUUAAAGUAUCCAAAGGCCAAGAAAACGAUGAUAAUGUGUUCUGAGAUAUAUCAGUACUUACAACAAGUGUUAUGUGAAGAGGUGACAACUAACAGUGGCAAUACUUCAAUACAGAUUAGAGCUGGUCAUGAGAAAAACAUAGAGGAACUUCAAAGCUUGAAAGUUUUCUUUGUUGAUGACAUGUUUGUUGGUGCAAAUCAGUUAGCAUUCAAAUGGACAGAGGUAGCAGCACCUUACUUGUAUAAGGUCCCAAAAAAUCUUAUGAAGUGCAAAAAGCUUCUACAAGUGUGUGGUGUUAGAGAAUCGUUUGACAAUGAUGAUUAUUUAGAUGUAUUGACAAAGCUGAAAGAAAGGCAUGGAAAUGGUUCGCUUCCUGAACAGGAUCUGCGACUUGCUUUAAUAAUGCUGAACACACUUGACUCAUCAGAUGACUUUUAUGAGAUUACAAAUUUGUAUGCUCCGGACACAGAAACAAUUUUAAGAAAUGUCAAGGAUUUGACAUUUGAUGAUGCACCAUGGUUAAUUAACAAAGCACAGUUUAUUUAUGCUCACCAUGCAAUCAACUGGAAGCAGGCUGACAAGUUUGGUAUUAUUGCAGCAAGAAAGAAGAGAUCUAAUGAGUUCUCCUUACCACUUGGAUGUGCACAACGAUUUGAUACAGAUGUCCGCAAUAUGAUGGAUAGAUUUAAAGAUGAAGCAUGUAAAUGUCUUUUAUUUCUCACCAAUGUAGAAGUUAUAACACUCUCAGAAAUACUGAAGACUGGUGAAAUAAAACAAUUGUACAAGGCUGAAGCAAAGUUAUUUGGUGACAGCAAACUCAGAAGAGAAGACAUUGCUACACAUAUGUUGAAUCAUAAGAAAAUGAAUGUCACAGAUAUUCCACUAAAGCUGGUGGACUACAAUUUACAGAUAUGUGACUCCAGGAAUAAAAAUGAAGAGUGGCUUGUAGUGCAACAAUUCGGAUUCCAUAACAGUCCUGAUAUUGAUUUGGCAGGUGAAGAAGAGCUUGGUAAACUACUUCCACGUGUUGGGGUAGCUGCCUUGGUGGAAGACUGCAAGGCGGCUCAAAAAUAUAACUCAUUCUCUCCUUCCUUUGUAAAAUCUGAGCUGAAAAGGUCCUUCAAUGCAUAUUGCUUUCUACCACUACCAAUAACAACUGAUUUACCUGUGCAUGUCAAUGGUCACUUUGCUCUUGACAGAUCUCGUCGGUACAUAUGGAGUGAUAUUGGAACACACCAGACUGUCAGAAGCAUUUGGAAUAAGCUAUUAAUUGAACACGCGCUUGCCCCUGCUUAUGCUAAUUUGAUAAUGCUUGCAGGCCAAAGGUAUGUUACUGCGACUGUACAAGACAAGUUAGAAUGGUAUCACAACCUGUUCCCAUCAUAUUCAUCAGAAAAUAAAACUGCGGCUGGUGUAUCCUGGGCUAGUAAGGGAAUAUGGAGGCAUCUCUCUGCCAAGACGUUACAAGUAAUGUCCACUGAUGCAAUGCAUGUGUUACCUUUAGUGAGACAAAGAGGCAGUCAUAUGGAACUGACUUGGCAUGAACCACUAAAUGAAGAUGAUCAAGUAUAUUUUAACUGCUUUGAAAAACAUGAAGAUUUAGAAACAUUUCUUUUGAAUGCUGGUAUGAAGCUUAUCACCUCAACAAUAAAGAUAUAUAACUCAUUCCACUAUGCUGAUGUUGCUGUCAAGAAAGUUAAUCCAGUGGAUGUUGUGACAUUCAUGCGCUCUGAUAAAUGUCAUAUUGGCAGUCUGCCUUGCAGCAUAGUAGAUACAACCUACUGUAAUGCAAAUAUCUUCAAGAAAGUAUUACACUACAUCCUAGAUGGGCUUGAACAUCCAAACAGUCUUGAUGGUUUACCGUUGCUCCUCCGGGGAGAUCAUUAUAUUGAUGAGUUUCAUCCACAUAACGCACAUUUUCUCACUUGGUAUGCAGAUCUUCUUCCUGGCCUAAAGGACAAAUUUAUUUCAAACGAAGUUACCAAAAUAUUGGUAGAAUUUGAAAGAAAGAAGAGUGGGGAUUCUGUAACAACUGUUUGGGCAGAUUUUACUCCUCAAGAUCUUUGUCGUUAUAUUGACACUGUGCUUCCAGUUAAAUGGUUUGAUGUUAGACAACAUGUAAAUCUAGAUUCUGAGUCUGAAACUAUUAUGGCAUGGAUGGCAUUACUCUGGCGCUACCUUUGUUCAAGAGAGGACAAAGAUGUCAUUGAGCCAAUUCAACAGUGGCCUAUUAUCCCGACCUCAAAAGGGAUGUUUGUAUCACCAUCCCAAGGGAAGACAGUCCUUAGUCUGAGCAAGUAUGAGGAAAGUCUGAGUUUGCAAAGCAAGGUGAUUGAUUUCCUGAGGAAGGUCGGCUGUCCUGAGGUGAAAUUUGACCUAUUGGAUAAAGACAAGGCCACAUCACUUUCCAAAGUAAAGUUCAUCAAAGCUGCAGAUGGUUCCAUGCAGAGUGCAGACUACUUCUUUCAUGGUCGGAAUGAAGUUUUCAAAAUGAUGGUAGAAAAAAGAAGACUUCUGCCUGAUUCUUUCAUUGCAUAUAAAUGGAGUGACUUCCUCAUUAAAUUGGGAGUAAAUGAUACAGUUACACAAGACCUGUUUUUAGAAUAUGCAAACGAGGUUGCCUCUGAAGCGCUUAGGUUAAGAAGUUGCGAUAUGACAGUGGUACUAGAGAAAUCGCGAACAUUAGCCAGGGAGCUUUCUGUUAAUGAGUCUCUUCAUUAUCCCUCUUUUCUGAAGGAAGUUUCUACAAUUAAAUAUAUCCCACCUGUUCCAAUACGUGGCGAAUUACUUGAAAUAUAUCCACUAGAAAAUGAAUCUGCAAUGUUCAUAUGUCUUAAAGGGAAUGUUUCAUCACGUCAUAUGAAACUUAGUUGGUCCAAUUCAUCGCUUUUGCCUGACUGGGCAAUUCCUAAAAAAAGAUCACACAUUCCAAGAAACAAUGAAGCUAUUAAUCUGCAUGAGUGUCUUGGGAUUCUAGAUAAACCAUCAGUUGAUACAGUCAUAAACCAUUGUCAGAAUGUAUGUCAUCAUUUGGCUGGAAAGAAUUCGGCAGAAAAACAACAUACCAUUCCCAAGAUUCGUAAAUUGUUGGCUAAAGUAUUGGAAGAUGUGUAUGACUUCCUGACAGAUUACCAAAAUAAACCACAUUUGAUGUCCAGACUACAUAACACCCCACUUGUACUUGUAGAUCAACACAAGGUACUGGUGCGUGCUAACCAGCUUGCAUAUAAGUUUGAUCAUUUGGGAGAAGAUGACCUCCAGCCUUACAUGUAUGUACCUCCACGUUCUUUCGGAAAAUAUGAAGGUUUCCUGAAAAGUUUAGGAGCAGAAGAAAGUGCAACAUUCAGACAAUAUUCAGAUGUCUUGUCAAAGAUCCACAGUAAAUGUGAAGAUAGAGUGAUGUUACCAACUGAAAAAGACAGGGCAAUGAAAGCGACCAAGGGUUUAUUUUAUUACUUAUAUGAACACAAGCAAAUGACAUGUGAUGUUUCAAAAUUGUACUUGCCUACUACAAGAGAUCAGUUGAAACUAUCGUCAGAUCUGUUUUAUGGUUCACGCAGUUUACUUUAUCGCAUAGACACUGAUAAGUAUGAAUUUGCAGUACCGUUACGUGAUUGUGAUUGCCAUGCUGACAUGAACAUUGACCUUUUGCCUGAAAAUCUUCGCCCAAAAAACAUCAGUAAAUUUGUUGUAGCGAAAGUGGACCCACAAUGUAAGUGUUGUAUUGCGGGGGAAAGUUGCCCAAUGCUAGAAUAUGUAGAAAAAAGAAUGAAAAGCACUGAAUUUGCGCAAUGCAUCCUUCGACUAGUGCACCAUCAAACCAAGAAAUGUGAUGAAAAUCAGAUUACAAUGAUGAAAGAGAAGAUUCAAAUAUGCUGUAUGACUGACCUGAAGACAAAGUUGUUUAACCAGAAGCAAAAUACCUAUAUUGAAGGGAGUGAGAAAGCGCUAAUGACCUUCUUGGAGGACAAACAGAAGCUUUAUAUCAGCCAUUCUGACACCCCAUUUGAUCUUAAACUAUUUCAACGAGUGGCUGCGGCAGUCAACAAAAUGAUAUCAUAUCAACUUAAGGACCCCAGCAUAAUUCACAUACUUCUAUCAAGCGACAUUGAAAGUUUUCAUGAUCUGUUAACAAAUGAUUUUGAAAUCCCUGAGCUUCAAAACCAGAUUGAAGCAAUCCAAGAGAAUAAGCAUUCACCAGGUAAAAAUGUUCCAAUGGAUAUACACCAUCUUUUAGAUGAUGACCCGAUUAACAUUUUCCGCAAAGGAGAAAUUGUGGCAUUGAGGAGAAGUAUCGAAGUAGAUGAGAAUGACCGAGACAUCUAUGAUUAUAUCUUUGCCAAGAUCACACAAGUAAUUAGCAGUGAUGCCGAAGAUGAAUUAGGACUUUCAACCAAAUACAAAAUUGAUGAUGGCUCUUGUGAUGAAAAAGUUGUUAGUGGUAUUGAUUUGUACAAAUUUUUACGGCCAAAUCCACCCACAGGUCAGGCAGUUGUAUCACAUUCUAAUCAAACCAAUUCAUCAGAUGCUUCUUCACAGGAUAUUAAGCUAGAAGAAGCAAAGGACAUUAUCAAAAAGACUCUGUGUGAAGCUUUUAACAUGCCUAAAGUAGAAUGUGACAAGAUUGUUAGAAGAUUGUAUAAAAGAUGGCAUCCUGACAAAAACCCCAAAAAUCCUGUUUUAGCUACAGCAGCAUUUCAAUAUCUCCGUCAAAAACUAGAAAUAAGGGAAAGUGGUGGCACAACUGGAGAAAGCUAUAGAAGACAGUAUAACAGAUGGGAUGCAGAGGCACGUAAUCAAAGAUCACAGAGUGAACAAUAUCACAGAGAAUAUGGCCGUCAUUAUCGAUCAGGUCGUUUUUCAGAGUCAAACAUUCCACCAUCAUUCAACAGAAGUACCCCUAAGCCAAGAGAAGCAAGGGUUUGGUUCAAGCAAGCUGAGUGUGACCUACAAGCUGCUUUAGUGAAUAUAAAAUCUAUAAAUCCAUCUGCUGAGUGGGUUUGUUUUCAAGUACACCAGGCUGCAGAGAAAGCUUUAAAAGCUGCAAAAUUUGCUACAGAUGGUGACCCAGUGCUCAACUGCACAAAUCUUACAAGUCUAAUGCAUGCAGUGCAGUCUCACCCUGACUGUCCUCCAGAUGUUGAAGAAGAUGUUGCAGAGCUAGUUCAAAAUAGGUGCGACUUCAGUAACACACGUUAUCCACAACGGCUUAUGACACCAAAUGAGAGAUACAACAUUUGUGAAGCUAAGGAUGCAGUGAAAUGUGCACAGAGAUUAUUGGACAAAAUGAAGCAGUUUAUUGGAAUACGACGCUUCUAA